GUGAAAAUAUUAAAUAGAAUACACAAGAAAAAGAAAUUUAAACAAAAACAAGAUUAGCAACAAGUGUCAAACCAAAAAAAAAACUGUUUUGGCUGAAUUCUGUCGUAUAUUUCCAUUAAUAAAAUCGUAAGAAUAAAAGAAAAGUGCCUGAUUAAUGCACUUCUAUAAUUAAGUUUCAAUCGAUUAAUCGACGUUUGUUGUGAAGCAUCUUUUAACGACGAAAAUAUUGCAAAGUGGACUGACGAUUUUGCACAAAAGAGGAAGUUUUUAAAAGAACAAGAAGAAGAAGAAGAAAAACAGUGAUCUAAUCUUUUACUGUGUAUAUCUACUAUAUAAAGCAUGAUAUAGCCAAAUAUAUUUCAAAAAAAAAUGCUAAAGGUGCUCAACUUUUUAAUGUAAUGGAUUUUUAAAAAAUAUCUAUGAUUGAAUAUCAUAUUAAAAAUGUGAAAUAGCUUGUUAAUAAAUUAUUGUGUUUAUUGAAAAGUUUGAAUAAUAAAAAAAAGGUAGAAAACAAAAGAAAUCCGAAGUGGAAAACAAAACAAAACUUCGAGCUAGCCUAGAGAGUUUUUAACUGUGAAAUAAAUACACAAAAAAUGUCUCGUCACGAUAGAACAAAAUCCGGAGGUUUUUUGGAUACCUUAUUCACACGCUCAACAAAGCGAGGAAGUAAAUAUCCUUAUAAUGGUGCAGGACCUCGGCCAGUAUCAGCAAAUGAAAAUGACUUUUUUGAUGCGCAAGAAAUUGAGAACAUGAUCAUGAGACUAACUGUUGAGGAAGUAAAUCAACGAUUUCAUGAAAUUCUCGAGGACAUGAACAUUCCCAAAGACAAGCGCGAUCCAUUGAUGAAGAAGAAUUUGGACGAAAAACGAGAUAUGCUAAGAAUGCAUUUAAAAGGAAAAGUUAGCUCUGAGCAUAGAUCUAAUUCGCGUUUUGAGAAACCGCAUGAUUAUAUUGAAUAUUUGAAAGAGGCAGAUCGAAGUCCGAAUAAAAUUCAUCAGUGCGUUGAGAGUCUUAGAGUAGCUUUAACGAGUAAUCCAAUAAGUUGGAUUAAAGAAUUUGGGCAGCCUGGAAUUGAUGAGAUAGUUAAUUUGUUGCGUGAGUGCAAAAGAAGGAAAGACUAUGAUAAGAUUGAAUAUGAAUGUAUUCGAUGCUUAAAAGCUGUUGUGAACAAUACAUGGGGCCUUAAUGUAAUUCUAAGGCCAGAUCAGCAUGCUGCCGUGUUUUUAUUAGCACAAUGUCUUGAUCCUAAUAAGCCACAAACUAUGUGCGAAGCGAUAAAGCUUUUAGCUGGAUUUUGUCUGAUUCAAGAGAGAAACGGAUAUGAUAAAGUAUUAAGAGCAGUGACGCAAGCUGCUUCAACAAUUGAUAAGAGUGGAGAAAGAUUUCGAUCAAUUGUUGAGGCUCUUUUUGUGGAAAAUGAGAUCGAAGGAAAAGGUGGCAGAACGGAAACAAAAGGAGAAUUGUGCUAUCAUACUUUAAUUUUCAUAAAUACAAUUACUAAUACGCCACCUGAUUUAAAUUUUCGCCUUCAUUUACGAUGUGAAAUUAUGCGAUCUGGCAUGUAUGAUCGAUUAGAUCUAUUAUCAAAAAUCGUAAAUCAAGCACAAGAUAAACGUCUUGAAAAUCACUUUAAAAUCUUUAAUUCAUUCAGAGAGGAUGAUUAUGAAGAAUUUAGUUCUCGUUUUGAUCAUGUAAGACUCGAAAUUGAUGAUGUGAAUGAUUGCUUCGAGCUAUUAAAGAAUUUGGUUGUUGACACAGCAGCAGAGCCCUAUUUUCUUUCAAUCCUGCAGCAUCUUUUAUUCAUCCGUGAUGAUCAUCUUUUUCGUCCUGCCUACUAUAAGCUGAUUGAAGAAUGUGUUAGUCAAAUUGUUCUUCAUAAAAGUGGUGUCGAUCCAAAUUUCAAAUCUCGCGAUUUUCACAUUGACACUUCUGUAUUAUUGGAUGAUCUUGUUGAACGGAGUAAAGCUAUAGAAUUAAAGAAAGCUGAAGAAAAUGAGAAACGAAUGGAAGAACUUCAAAUGGCAAAGCAAGAAGCAGAAGCAAAGGCUGCACAUUUAGAAGAAAAACUGAAAGAAAUAGAAGCAAAUGGCGGAGGUUUAGUCAAAACAAAUAAAUUACCUCAGAUUAAUAUCCCUCCACCACCUUUAAUGCCCGGAAUGACAACAGCACCAAGACCACCUCCCUUACCACCAAAUUCAGGACUUUCUAAUGGAUCAAUUCCUCCUCCCCCUCCAUUACCAGGAAUGGCUCCCAGACCCCCACCCCCACCAUUUAGUAAUGAUAACGGUGCUCCAAGACCACCACCAAUGUUUCCUAUGAUGGCACCGAGAAUGCCUUUACAGCAACAACCACAAGCACUCCCGCAUGGUUUAAAACCUAAGAAGAAAUGGGAUGUCGACGGACCGAUGAAACGAGCUAAUUGGAAAGCUAUAAUACCACAUAAAAUGAGUGAGAAAUCCUUCUGGGUGCGAGUUCAUGAAGAUAAGCUUGCUUCAGAUGACAUUCUUUGUGGAUUAGCAUCAAAGUUUUCAUCGAAACCAAUUAAAAAGACAAUGGAAAAAGAUGCAUUAGAUCGAGGAGGAACAACAAAGAAAUCAGUUGUCGAUUUAAGAGUAUUGGAUGCAAAAGCUGCACAAAAUCUUUCAAUUUUACUUGGCGGCUCACUCAAACAUUUGUCAUAUGAUCAAAUCAAAAUUUAUCUUCUUCGAUGUGACAUGUCAAUGUUAAACGCAAGCAUUUUACAGCAAAUGAUACAAUAUUUACCACCUCCGGAUCAAUUAAAACGUCUUCAAGAGAUAAAGGCAAGUGGGGAAGAAUUAUCAGGAGCAGAAAAGUUUGCAGGCACUAUUGCUGAAAUAAAGAGACUUGGUGCUCGACUUCAGAGUUUAAGUUUUCGUCUUAAUUUCCCUGAUUUGAUCAAUGAUGUUAAGCCAGACAUUGUUUCGGUUACUGCAGCUUGUGAAGAAGUUCGUACGAGUCGAAAAUUUGCCAAAAUUUUAGAAUUAAUAUUACUUCUUGGCAACUACAUGAAUUCAGGAUCAAAGAAUGAAGCAGCUUUUGGUUUUGAAAUCAGUUUCCUUACAAAAUUGACAAGCACAAAAGAUUAUGAGAACAAGCAGACGUUACUUCACUACAUAGCCGAAAUAGUCGAAAUUAAAUUCCCGGAUUGUUUAAACUUUUAUGAAGAUCUUUCACAUGUUGACAAAGCAUCACGCGUUAGUUUAGAUAAUAUUCAAAAGACGAUGAGACAAAUGAAUGCAUCGUUAAAGAAUCUUGAGUCUGAUUUGAAUAAUAACAAAGUGCCACAAUCAUCAGAUGACAAAUUUAUUGACGUUAUGGGUAACUUUUCGGUCGAGUGUCGAGCUCAAGUUGAAGUUUUGGGCAAAAUGCAAGUACAGAUGGAGAAUGCUUUCAAGGAACUAUCCGAAUAUUAUGCAUUUGAUGAUAAUAAAUAUUCACUCGAAGAGUUCUUUAUGGAUAUUAAAACGUUUAAAGAUUCCUUCAUUCAUGCAUAUCAGGAAAAUGUAAAAACUAAAGAAAAUGAGGAAAAGGCAAGACGUGCACGCGAGUCUAGGGAACAGCAACAAAAAGAUUUGCAAGAAAGAAAUCAAAGAAAACUGGCAUUAGUUGAUAUUGAUGCUGCACAAACGCAAGAAGGUGUUAUGGAUAGUUUAUUGGAAGCCUUGCAAACGGGGUCUGCUUUCGGAAAUCGAGAUCAAAGAAGAAAACGAGGACAAAGAGCAGCAGGCGCAGAGAGAAGGGCUCAACUAUCCCGAAGUAGAUCACGAAGUGGAAUUACGUUUUCAAGUAGAGAAAUGCUCGCAAAUGAACUUUUAGCUGCGUAAUAUUUUUUUUUUCUUUAACAAAAAGCAUUAUUGGUCUUGAUAUGUAAAUAAAUCAUUUAUAGAAAUUUUAUGUUACUUCCCUAGAAGCAAAAGUUCUUAUACUGUUUAAUGCCUUAUCAAAAAAAAAAAACAUAUUAAUAAUAGUGAUGAUAAUAAUUAUGACCUUACAACAGUUGAUGUUGUUAAAUAAGAAAAAAAAAGACAAUAAUACAUUUAUUUAAAAACCAUUUCUUGGCCAAUAAUAUGUACACAAAAUUCUAAUUGAUAAUUUUAUUAAUAGCUAUAAUAAUAAUUAAGUAUUGGCCAUACAGGAUUUGCCCAAAUGUCGAUGCUUUAUAAAUAAUGUAUAGGUAACACCCUUUUUCUUGCAUUUUACAACGAAAUAUUAAUAAAUGGGAA